GGAGACUAUGUCUGCGUUCCUUAUCAUCUACUGAACUCCUAUGCUGCAGCGUCUGAAGAUGUACUCAGCCCACAUGCCCCCUUUGAAGAGUUUGUUGAAGCAUCUAUCACACAGAUCAAUGUGACUUCUCAAGCUCUUAUCCAUUCCGUCAAACAAGACUUGACCCCAUCUCUAGGCAAGGCAACGCCGGAAUUAAGUGUUGUCGCCCUUGACGCAGUCCUGUCCGAGUUGCCUCGAAAUCCAGACUGGUCCGAAGUCGACAUUCACCAUGUUUUCGCCCGUAUAGUGACCAUCGUGUCAGGCUGGAUGUUCGUGGGACCGGAAUACUGCCGGACUGACGAGUAUAUGGACCUGGCCGCCAACUACGCAGCGGACGCCUUCGGCGGACCCAAGUUAUUGCAGAUGUUCCCAAAGGCAUCUCGAGCAUUCGUGGCACCGUUGAUCCCGCCUCUUCGACGGGUAUGGAAGGCCCAUACGCGCAUCGCUACACUUCUCGGUCCCGCCAUUGAGGCUCGUAGGAAAGCAGCCGCUACUGGGGAGCCGGUCCCCGACGACAUGUUGCAGUGGAUCAUCAACAAUGCCCACCGAUUCCCUGACGAGAUCAAGGAUGACGGCGACAUCACUCGUUUACAGCUCUCGUUGAGCGCUGUGGCCAUUCAUACGACCGCUUUGACUGCCACUGCAACGCUGUACGACCUUGCUGCCGAACCUGAGAUUAUGGACGACGUGCGGAAAGAGAUUGCUAGCGUACUUCGAAAGCAUAACGGCGAGAUCACCUCCAAAGCACUUUUUGACAUGAAACUUCUCGAUGCUUGUUGCAAGGAGUCCCAACGCCUAAACCCCGCCGACUUACUAUCGGCAAGACGCAAGGUCAUGAAGCCCUUCACAUUCUCCGACGGCGUUUCCGUUCCGCCUGGAACAAUGCUCGCAGUGCCUGUCCACCACAUCGGCCGCGACCCGGAGUUAUUUCCCGAUGACCCCGACAAGUUUAACCCCCAUCGGUUUACAAGGCUCCGGCAGAACGAGGGAGAGGGCAAUCAUUUCCAAUUCGCAUCGGUUACGAACGGAACCAUGGCCUUUGGAUGGGGAAAGCAUGCGUGCCCGGGCCGCUUUUUUGCUUCCACUGAGAUCAAGCUCAUUCUGGUCCAUCUGCUCACCAAUUUCGAUGUCAAGGUUGUUCCCGGCCCCGACGGCAAGAUGCAGAGAUACCCCAACAUUGAGUUUGGUAACAUGAAUAUGCCUGACGUGAAGCGCAAGCUUCUUAUCAAAAAGAUUUAGAACUCUUCAUAGGGGAUGUCAACCUUGAGCUGGUCGUUGUGCGGC